UCCGAGAACAUAUAGAUUGUCAGUCAGCGAAACAAAUACAAAUAUGCCAGAUAACGUAGAUGCGGAACAAUUCAAUCCCGACGAGUUGGUGGCUCCAGAAUGGCUGAAUGCCAAGUUUAUUGGUGACGUGCUCAGCGCCUAUGAAAACUCGCCGGAACUGAAUGUAACCGAUCUGAAGAUCACUCCUGCUAGUGCACAGGGCGAUCACUAUGCUAGUGUUAUGUUCCGUACUACGGCUGAGUAUACCACGUCGAAGGGGAAAUUCGUUAAGCCCCUUAUCAUUAAGACAAUGCCCGAGCAGGAGGGUCACAAGAAGGAUAUGCUGUCUGAGUCGCAUUUGUUCUCCACCGAAAUUGGAGCCUACACCAAGGCUUUGCCCGAGUUCGAGAGGAUUCUGCGGGAGGCCGGGGACAAUACCCAGCUAUAUGUCCCCUGUAUCUAUCACAGUUUGGCGCCAAGGCAGGUGAUGAUAUUCGAGGAUCUCGUUCCGCAAGGAUACUCCGUCAUUCGGAAUCGUCCUGUGAAAGAAGUGGAGUUAAAAAAUGUAUUUACCAAGUUGGCCAAAUGGCAUGCAGUUAGCAUGAAACUUAUGAACGAGCAACCUGAGUUCCUAAAAGAAUUCCAAUAUGGUUUGAUUGAGAUGCCAACUCUGAUGUCGGAUCCAAUGGUUACAUCCGGAAUGGAUACUUUCCUGAAAACGUUAGACAAGAUUCCGGAAGUCACCAAAUAUAAGCCGUACUUUGAGAAAAUAAAAGUUGACUAUCUACAGCGUAUGGCUGAUGUGAUGCAGGAGUUCCGGAAAAACUAUCAAUCCGAUGGAUACUACGUGAUGUGUCAUGGUGACUUCCAUCUCCGGAAUAUGAUGUUCAAGGAGAACGGGGAUGUCAUGUUUGUGGAUUUCCAAAUCUGUAAUCUUUGCCCUAUUACCAUCGAUCUUAGUUAUUCCAUUUACAUGCUUAUGGAGCCAGAGCAGCGAUGGGAUCUUGGUAAAGAUAUUAUUAACUAUUAUUUUUCCGUUUUGGUUGAAACCUUGAAGAAAAUUGGCUACAAGGCUGAGAUGCCUACGAAAGCUGGUCUGUGGAAGCAAAUCCACCGCCACAAGUACUAUGACUUUUUCCUAAUGACCACUUUUCUGCCCAUGAUUCUGGCUAUUAAAGCAAAUACGUUGAAAAUGAGUGAAAUAAUUCAAGACACGGCCACUAGGGAGAAAGCAUUCUUAUUAGAUUCCUACGUUGAGGAAGUUAAAAAACUUUUGCCCAAAUACGAAGAAAUGGGAUAUUUUAAGGAUCUGUAGAUCUAGAUUAAAGAGCUAGUUACUCAAUAGGCAGGUUAUCAAUCAUGUGUUAUUGCAAUGAUAGUUAGAAGAUGGACAAAAUAAUAUUUAACUUAGGUCUAUGAUAACGUUAACUGGUGCUUUUAAGAUAAUCUUUAGUUUUUAAUAAAAUGUCAGAGCUUUUAAUAAACAAUGUCUAGUACUUUA